AUGCCACUGACUGAGGACACACGACCUUUUGUUGACGCCAUGAAGAAGGCUUAUGAGUAUUUACUUAAAAAGCAAGGACCCCAGAUGUCUCAGCCCCAUCCUGACCAUCAGAUCCAAACCCAGACCCAGCCUGACCAGCAGACCCAGACCCAGACUGAAGCUCAACAGAUUGAUGAUGGUGUCAUCCUCAACCUCUACUUUUUGCCCCCUCCACCCCAUCCCCAGACUCACCCUGAAGCUCAACAGCUCCAGAAUAAGGCUGAAGUCCAUACUCAACCCCAGCCCCAGCCUCAGCAUGAGCCUAUCCUACCAAAGCCUCCCAAAAGAAAACAGGAGCCCCAACCCCCAGAGUCUCCGGUCCACCGUCAGGCCCAGAUACAGCUCCAGGUCCAGCCCCAGCCACAGCCCCAGCAAUUUCAGCCACUGACUGCCAAACCAAACACCAAAAAAAGAAAAAAGGGUCAAGAUAAGGCCGAAGUAAAGGUGCGCUGGUUGCCUUGUUCUCAGUGGUAA